CAGCUGGUCCACUGUCUGUGUGAUUUGUUAAAAUUUCAAUCGUAAUUUUGAUGUUAGUCGGUCAUUGUAUAUUUUUUUGUAAAUAAUGCGAUUUGUGUAUACAUAACUUAAUUUAAAUCACUGAAAGUAAAUAGAUUGAUUAAAUGGUGAAUAUUGGCGUUUGCUUGGUCAGCUGACGAAUAUAAACAAAGGAAUGUCAAAAGUGCAAUUAUUGUGAGUCGUAUUGAUGCAAUAAACUAUCUGAAAAGAAAAACAAUGGAUGUGGACGGUUCUGCCAUUCCCGGGGAGAUAGAUCAAAAUCUCUUGUUGCAAUUUAGUUGCAUGAACACCACAGAUAGAGAUGAACUUAUAAACCAAAUGCAAAGACUUCUAGGACCUAGUUUAAAUUAUAACACUGCAAGUUUUUUUCUAGAUAUGAGUAAUUGGAACUUACAAGCAGCAAUAUGUUGUUAUUUAGAUUAUAGUCUACCACCCAAACUUCCAUCCAUGUCUCUUAAAGCAGCUCAAACACAGGAGUCGGCAGUUGGUCCCGGAUCUUGUUUUGAACAGAAUUGGAGUAUAGCAAAUACAGGCACAGAAGGAUGGCCAGGGAGUUGUAGGUUGAUUCAGGCUGGAGGUGAACCUUUGGGAGCCACUCCUGUGUACGUACCACCUUUACCACCUGGACAUACAACUACAAUAACUAUGAAACUUGUAGCACCCAGCUCCCCCGGAACUUUUAGAGGCUAUUUCCACUUAGUUACAGAAAAAGGAGAACAAAUAGGAGAUACAUUAUGGGUAGAAAUAAAAGUAGAAUCUGAGGAAACUAUGGCAUUAGCCGAACAAAUGGCUGCAUUGCCUAUACCAAGUAGUAGGCUAGAAGAACAAUCACAGGUACCAUCACAGGACGAUCAAAUGUGUUGAUAAUAAGAAAGUAGAUUUCCAUUGAUACCAUUUAUUUAUCAAAGUCAAUUACAAUAUCCAUGAAAUUAACACAAUUUUUUUUGUACAAAAUAUUUCUGUUGCAGUCUUUGUUCUACUAUAUUCAUCAUGUUAAGAAAUUAAUGUACAAACAGUAAAUACAUAAGGAUGUUGUCUAGAUUGUAAGAUAACAAAUGUUUAUUAUAGAUUUGUUAUAUUAUGAAUUUAACAUUUUGAAUAAAUGCAAUGUAUUGACAAAAUGACAUCACUUAUUUUUAAGAAUGAAUUGCCAUUUAAUUAGUUAUGGGCGUUUUUUAAUAUCAUAAAUGUAAUUUUAAUAAAGCAAAUUAUGAAAUGA